AUGAAGCUGGAUUUAUCUGGACAGUUGAAUUUAGAAAGGGAAAAAACUAUGGAAGUGUCCUAUAAAAUUUCAAUGUUAAUAGCAAAAUCAAAAAAACCACACACAAUUGGCGAACGCUUAAUAAAACCGUGUUUAGCUGCUGUUGGUGAAAUGUUUGAUAUGGCCAUAAAAGAAAAGAUCUUAAAAAUACCUCUUUCUGACAAUUCAGUCAAGAGAAGAAUUGAUGAUAUGGCAGAUGAUAUUAAAAAACAACUUCUUCAAAAGAUUGAAAAUUCCUUAUUUAUUGCACUGCAAUGCGAUGAAACUACAGAU